AUGCGUGUGUGUGAGUGUGUCCGUGCGUUUAUCCGGCCGCAUCGGGGUCCACGCGUUCCUCCGCUGUCGUGGGGGGUAGUGGUUGGGGUGGCCAAGCAGAGCAAGCAAGAAGGAUUCGGCAGUGAGUCGCUUGCUGCUACCGGCGGCGGCUGACCACCAGCGGUGCUAAAGCAGUCCCGUCUGACUGACCUCCUCUGGUUGACUUGUGGAAAGGGAGGUAUUUGAGGUGGUGUCAGCAUGGAAAUCUCGCCCACGUACGAUAAAGUGACCGAGAAAGUGCAGCCGGGAAAGGUUGCUCUGCCAAGGCCCUACUGCAAGGAGGAUGCCGGUGGCAUGUCCAGCCAGCCUCCACGCGCCCUUCUCUCUGUCACCAGCUGCUUCGAGCCCUCGCCACAGCACAGCUCAUACGGGCAGCCAGAUGAUGAUGUGGACCUGGAGAAUUUGGUCAAUGACAUGAAUACGGCGGAGUCAACGGGAAGCACUUCGAGCAGCCCUGCCGACUCGGUGCCUCUCCUGCAGCCCUGCGCAGGGCCUGACGGCAGGGAGACGCUCGCCCACGCUCUGCCUCCCAUCGCCGCCGCCGCCGCGGCCGCCACGGCCGCCUCUUCCGCCGUCACAGCCUCUCGCCCUGGCAUGUCACGUGUCGCUCCGCAACCGGGCGACGCUCGUGAGCUUGGGGACACCUCCUCCCUGCUGCACCAAGGCGUCCGUCGUUCUCAACCGGUCCACAUUCGAGCAGUCCGGACCCCGCUGGACAGGAGGGCAAACGAGGAGGAGGAGCUGCAGGCCGCAUCUUGGCCCAACAUCCCCAACCCCUUUCCCGAGCUGACGAGCCCAGCUGGUUCACCAGUGCUGACGGGGACAUCGCUUCCCCCGAGACAGCCCGGCGCCAAACCACAAGUGGCCUGGUCUCCAGGUUCCUGGAACCCAAACGGAGGCCUUGGUACAUCUCCAUUAUUGGACGUUAAGGUGGUCAAACUGUUCAGCGAGGAUGGCACAAGCAGGUCACUGGAGAUACCGGCGGGGACGAGUGCGCGUGACGUUUGCCAGUCGCUGAUCCUCAAGAACAACUGCGUGGACGACAACAGCUGGGCACUCAUAGAGCACCUCCCUCAUCUCAGCCUGGAGAGGACGUUGGAAGACCAUGAACUUGUGGCGCAAGUUCAAUCUACAUGGGGCAUUGACUGUGACAACAAGCUUUUCUUCAGAAAGAAUUACGCAAAAUACGAAUUCUUCAAGAACCCCUUGCAAUUUUUUCCGGAGCACAUGGUCUCCAUGCCUUACGAGUCGAACGGCAGCAUCCCACACUCACAGCUGAUCCAGAACUUCAUGAACUCCAGCAGUUGUCCAGAAAUCCAGGGCUAUCUGCAUGUGAAGGAGCCCGGUAGGAAAUCGUGGAAGAAGCUAUACUUCUUUUUGAGAAGAUCAGGGCUCUACUUUUCCACCAAAGGCACAUCCAGGGAACCGCGGCAUCUGCAGUGUUAUGCAGAGCUAAGUGACAGUGGUGUGUACACUGUUCUUUCGGGACGGAAGAUGUACGGGGCACCCACAGACUUUGGAUUUUGCAUAAAAUCGAACAGGGCAAGUAGUGCCAAGGAAUUGAAGCUAUUCUGCGCCGAGGAAGAAGCAAGCCGGACCUGCUGGAUGACUGCAAUGCGGCUCUUCAAGCAUAGCGUGCAGUUGUUCCAGAACUACAGGCUACUGCAGCAGAGACGAAACCACCUUGGCCAGCUGAAUGUCACCCCCAUGAGAAACAUCUCCGAGAACACACUGGUGGCGAUGGAUUUCUCUGGGCGCAAAGGAAGAAUCAUUGAGAACCCAGCAGAGGCCCAGACGGUGGCAGUGGAAGAGGGCCAGGCCUGGCGGAGGAGAGGUUGUCAGAGACUUGGUGUGGUGGGAAGCCCCAGCCCCUGCCAACCAUCUGCUAUGAGUAUAGCGAUUCACAAGACACAGCCGUGGUUCCAUGGACGGAUCCCAAGAGAGGAGGCACACAGGAUCAUCUCACAGCAGGGCCUUGUUGAUGGGUUAUUUCUUCUUCGAGACAGUCAGAGCAACCCCAGGACAUUUGUGCUCUCCCUCUGCCAUCAUCAGAAAAUUAAACACUUUCAAAUCUUACUGUUUGAAGAGGACUCAAAAAUGUUCUUCUCGCUGGAUGAUGGAAACACCAAGUUCUCAGACCUAAUCCAGCUGGUGGAAUUCUAUCAGCUCAACCGUGGAAUUUUACCCUGCAAGCUCAAACACCACUGCAGCCACGUGGUGCUGUGAGGGGCGGCAACGCAUGGCUUCACUAGCCGCCUGCCCCGAUUGCUUACAUGAAGUCAUCUUCGGCAUUGCUGCACUCGCGUGUCCCCCUGCUUUAAACUCCAUGUGUGUCGAUUUGAUUAUUUAAGUGGAAGAAUGUCUUUUUUUAAAAUAUAUAAACACUGAAAAGGAAUGCAGACCGGAGAUGGGGGAUCCAUGUUUGCGUUGUAUGUACCUGUGGGUACAAAAAGAAGACAAAAUGAAAAUCCACAACUUGAAUUCUAAUGCAACACCUCCAAUGCCCCAAAUGGCCUUUUAAAAUAAAAAGAGAGCAGACAUAUAAAAAAACAAAAAUAUUGAACAGUGCCGAACCGGGAGCGCCUUGUGAACUGAAUGUGACUGAUCAGAAGCUCUAAGGACUGCAAACCUCACUGUGUUCUAUCCACAAAAAAGUGCAGACUCAAUCUGCUAUGCAGAACACAUCUCUGGCUUUAAACGGCAAUUCAAAACUCGAGUUGCCUCAAAGCUACACACCGAAGAUGACCAGAUGUGACAGAAAAAUGUAACAACGUGCACUUAUUUCUCUGUAUGCUGUGGAUGAACAAAGACUGUUAAUGGGACUCUUGAAAGCCUUUUGUACAGCCAGCUGUGUUAUAUUGAAGCAUUUAAUGAUUUUAUUGGUUCUGUUUUAUUUUCUGGUGAAGUUAUACAAUAUUGACGUUAAGGUUAUUAUUCACAAUGAAUUAGAUGAAAUAUAAUGUUUUAUAUGUAGCUGUAUAAUGCUUUCUGCACAAAUGGAUACCCAGUGCAAGUAGUCGAGUGAUCCACAUGUCAUGUACUUAAACAUUUGAGUUAAUAGUAAACUGUUAAUGUUUUUUUUCUUCACAAAUUAACUCCUUAACCGUAACAUUCUGCGCGUGUUGGAAUUUCCCAAGCAUUUGCUCCAGUCCGUGCUGUAUGAUGUGUUGGCCCAUGGAUUGUAUGACGGGAUUGGUUGGGGAAGGACACUGGUUGUUAUCCCUUGUUCAGCGUGGUCAGUGAAGUGUGCCUGUUCGUUUUCUGUGAAAUGGGAAGAAACAUCUCCAUAGUUACUGGAUGUGAUCAUCAAGCAGUGAAUAUGCAGUUUCCUAUGCAGGCCCCCCUUUUCCAGAAAGAUUGCUAUGGCAUGUACAGUAUUCACGUGCAUUAAUCAAUUUGUCCCUCGACACAUUGUGUGUUCUUCAUAAAGAAAUUUAUAAAAACCAUCGUUUCUCAACAAUAUGUCGUUGAUAAAGAGCACCACACUUUGGAAGCGUUCUGCAGUUUCUGUCAAUUGAUAUUAACGUUACUGCUUAAUAUCAUUAACUGCAUCAGAAUAUAAUGUGUUAAGAUGGUUCAGAAGUCUUUAGCUUUAAUUUUACCACAUGAAUUGGCCAAGUGUAAAGUACAUUUGUGUAAAUUUUAAUUCUGUCUUUCACUUUACAAAGCACAAGUAAAAAAAACAGCGUUAAAAAGAAUGCUGUUAAUGUUUCCUGUUGGCUGGCACUGCAUGAGUGACCAACUGCUUAAAGCCUGUCUUUGUUUUAUUAUGCCUUUGGGAAUUCAGUAAUAACUGCCAGUACCUAUAAAGAGGGAAUGUUAUACUUGAAAUAAGAUAUUGCAAAACUUAAGAUCUACGUGUCCUGAUUGAAACUGCUAAAAGAUUUAAUUUAAAAUCUUGAACCGGAAAUUUAAUGGAUGCCUGUUGUAUCUUAAGUUUGCCUAUAUGUAUUAGGAUUUUUAACGGAUAAGACUUUUUUUCAAAGACAGAUUUAUUUGUACUGUGUAGUGUAUUUAUAAGUGGGUAAUUUAUAAAAAAAAUCAUAGGUGAUUUGUCUAUAUAAGCUCUAAAGAAUGCCUUAAAUUUAGCAUGUACACAUAGAUACAUUGUUUUUUGAAAGCAAAUCUUAAUGAUGUGCAUUUGGCUUGCUUGUUUGCAGCACUGUUAAAGAACCUAAGCACGUUACAACAUACUGGAAUCUCUGUUCUCAGGACGAUUAAAUAAAUGUAUCCCAUGACUAUCCACAGUUAUGCUAACGGAGUCCAAAAAGUACAAAUUCUGAAAAUGCAUUUACAAAAGUAGUUUUUAAAGAAGCAAACGGCAAGAACCUAGCAAAGUAUACAUGUUCAAAAUAAUUUUACGUCAAAAUACAGAAUACCCAAAGAAGUUCAAUCAAGAAGGUAAAAUGGACUUUUGUAACCUUUAAAUGUCAACCCCAUAUCUCAAAAAUAACGGCAACAAACACCUCGAUCAGAUUUGAACAUUAGUGGAACCAAAUCUAAAACCAUGAAAGUUUUAAAAUGUAGGGCAUGGAUAUUUUGCGAAUGAAUUGUUUUUGUAGAAUUUUGUUAUUGCUUUUUUGUAAAUAAUGAGCUGUAAAUAUUUUCUGAAAGAUUUACGGGCCUUUUAUGGUUUAUUAUUGCACAAGCUGUUUAUAUAUCGCAUGUGAUGGAGAAAAGAAAAUAGAUAUUUUUUUUGGUUUGGCUUUAUGACAUUGUAAUUUGUAAAUACAUAAGCUUAUGAAAGCUGUAUACUGUAUACCUGUCAGGAAUGUUUUGUAUAAAAUGAGGGAAUUCAUUUACUGUUCAUAUUGAUCUUGGGAAAUAAAAAAACCAGGUGUUUA